ACAUCCUAUUCUGACUUUGGGCAGGUCACAAUGGCACAACAGGUGUCUGCUGGGAUGCCCUUCUAUGGAGGAAGGGGAUUCAGCUCUGCAUCUGCCAUGGGUGGACUAGGCGGGCACAGAAGCUACGUGGCCUCUGUAGGCCAUCCUAUUGGAAAUGGAUACGGAGUCCGUUGCUUCAGCAGUCAAAGUCUUUCCAAUCUGGGUGGAAGCAGAAGAAUUUCCUACGGUGGCUAUGGCAAUUCUGGAUGUUAUGGCAGCUACGGUGCUUAUGGCUAUGGUCAUAUGGGUUAUGGGACCAUAGGGUUUGGUGGCAGGAUGGGCCAUACUGGAAAUGGAGGACUUGUCGGAGGAUAUUCCAGCUUCAGAGGUGAUGGCAUCCGAGGAGUCACAAUCAACGAGAAGCUCUUGAAGCCCCUCCAUGUGGGAGUUGACCCCCAGGAGCAAGAAGCACGGAACCAUGAGAGGGAAGAAAUGAAGACCCUGAAUGAUCAAUUUGCAUGUUUCAUUGAUAAGGUCCGAUACCUUGAGCAGCAGAACAAAGUUCUUGAAACAAAGUGGAGACUCUUACAAGAGUGUGCCUUGCCAGCAAGGAAGAACCUUGAACCCUACUAUGAAAAUUUCAUCAGCAACAUGAAAAAGCAGCUUGACUGCUUGUUAAGUGAAAGAGACCAUCUCACCAGUGAAGAAGCUUCCAUUCAGCAGCUGGUGGAGGAAUUCAAGACCGGAUAUGAAGAGGAGCUCAAAAGACGGACAGCAGCAGAGAAUGAAUUUGUGCUGCUCAAGAAGGAUGUAGACUGCAUCUUCUUGAGCAAGGCAGAACUGGAGGGGAAAGUGGAUCUACUGAGUCGGGAGCUAGAAUUCCGUAGAUGCGUCCAUGCAGAGGAACUAGCACAGCUCGACGGUCAGGUCUAUGACACUAACAUCCUUUUGCAAAUGGACAACAGCCGAAACAUAGAUGCUGACCUCAUUAUCAAAAAUGUCGAAGCCUGGUAUCAGAACGUUGCCCAGAGGAGCAAAGAAGAAGCAAAAGCUUUAUAUGAAAGCAGGUUCCUAGAGCUUCAACAGCAGAAAGGGAAAUAUUCUGAUGAUCUGAAGAUCAAUCAACAUGCAAUUGCUGAUCUGACCCGGUUGCUCAAUAAGCUGCAGUCUGAACAUGACAUAGUGAAGAAGCAGGUUGAUUGUUUGCAGUCAUCCAUUUGUGAUGUUGAGCAGCGGGGUGACGUUGCUCUUAAAGAUGCCCGGGAUAAGCACACUGAGCUGCAAACGGCACUGCAGAAGGCCAAGGAUGACCUGGCUCGCUUGCUGAAGGACUACAAUGAGCUUUUGAAUACCAAGCUGGCCCUGGAUAUUGAAAUAGCUACAUAUAAGACUUUGCUAGAGGGAGAAGAGAGCAGGUAA